AUGUUUGCAACGAAAAAUGAGUACGAUAGAGGCGUCAACACUUUUUCUCCAGAAGGAAGGCUGUUUCAAGUCGAAUAUGCAUUAGAGGCAAUCAAGCUAGGCUCAACUUCGAUCGGCAUUACUUGUCAGGAUGGCGUUGUUCUUGCUGUGGAAAGGAGAGUCACAAGCAAGCUGAUAGAGCCUUCAUCGAUUGAGAAGAUCUUCGAGAUUGACAGCCAUGUCGGCUGCGCAAUGAGCGGAAUCCUAGCUGACGCAAGAACCCUUGUAGAUCAUGCGAGAGCUGAAGCUCAGAAUCACAGGUUCACGUACUUAGAGGAAAUGCUCCUCCAGAGCAUUGCACAGAGUGUUUGUGAUUUGUCUCUUAACUUUGGAGAAGGCGAUGGAUCACAAAAGAAGCCUAUGUCAAGACCUUAUGGAGUUUCACUACUUAUUGGAGGAGUUGAUAAAAAUGGGCCAGCACUUUUUACCACAGACCCAUCUGGGACCCUGUUUAAAUACAAGGCAAAAGCUAUCGGCAGCGCUGCAGAAGGAGCUCAAACUAUGCUUCAAGAAGAAUUCAAGACUGACUUGUCACUCGAGGAUGGGGUAAAAAUGGCUUUGCGCAUUUUGAAACAAGUUAUGGAAGAGGCAAUUACGAGCCAAAACGUCGAAGUAGCAGUCGUUUCUACUCAAGACAAGAUAUUUAGAAGGUUGACGCCAAGCGGAGUUGAAGAAUAUUUAACUAGUCUUUAG